AUGGCUACGGGCCCCGCCUCCCUACCCAUCGUGAACGAGCCGACGGUUCGACGCGGCCUCAUCCUAACCGCAGGCAAGAUCGAGGUGGAGGUGUUUGAAGACCAGUUGAAUGCGCUAAGCGAGGCGCCGAAGGCGGAGCUCGACCAGAUGAUGAUGAACGCGGGCGUUGUGUACGGCGACCUCGUGAUGCUCGGGAGAACGAGCCCUGGCCCGGGUUUGCUUCCGUCGUUCAUGGUCAAACUGUUUUGGAAAAGGAUGGACGCAGCGUCGGAGGGAGUAGGAGUGGGAGGGGGUGCCGAACACGAGGGAGGAGGCGAGGGGGCGCCACGCGUCAUGGUUGAGUACAGCUACGAGGAGGAGGAGAUCGAGGAGGAUAUAUCGAGGCAAGCUCAGCACGGGGUGAGCGGCCCGGGCGGCAAUGCGAACGAGCAGGAGGGCUGGAGCUUGGAAUCGAGCUCCGGCACGAGCUCGAGCGAUGAGUCGAUCGAGAAUGACGGCGAGGGCGCAGGAGAACAUCCAGAUGGGAUGGAGCGUACGGAGGAGCACGGAGUGGCGCUCGGGGAGCAAGUGGACGAGCAGCAGGCGACGGGGGACGAUGGGGCUGUUGAGAAGCAGGAUGGCGGAGCAGCUGUGCAGGAGGGUGGGGCAGGAGUGCAUCAGCAGGAGGGCGGGGCGGUUGUGCAGGAUUUUGGGACAAGAGUGCAGCAACAGAAGGGCGGGGCGGCUGCGCAGGAGGGUGGGGUCAGAGGGCAGCAGCAGGAGGGCGUGGUGGCUGCGCAAGAGGGUGGGGCAGGAGGGCAAGAGCAGGAGGGCGGGGAGGCUGCGCAGGAGCGAUAG